AUGGGAGACCGAUUGUAUCUUCCAGCAGUUGCUAGCGCCUUGCUCCCCGUGGCCCUUGGCAUAUUGACCCUUCUUCCUCACAGCCUUUUGGGUAAGCCCGCAGGGGAGGAAAACGCAGGCAGCUCAGCACUGCUCCAGAGGGUGAAGAGAGGCUGGGUGUGGAACCAGUUCUUUGUCUUGGAGGAAUACACCGGACUGGAACCACUUUAUAUUGGAAAGCUCCACUCAGACAUGGAUAAAGGUGACGGCUCCAUUAAGUACAUCCUGACGGGCGAGGGCGCAGGUACCACCUUCACUAUCGAUGACAGCACCGGGGACAUCCACGCCAUCCAAAGGCUAGACCGGGAGGUGAAGGCCCAGUACAUCCUUCGCGCCCAGGCCCGCAACCGCCUGACGGACAGGCCUCUGGAGCCUGAGUCCGAGUUUAUUGUGAAGAUCCAGGACAUCAAUGACAAUGAGCCGAGGUUUCUGGAUGGGCCCUACCAAGCAUCUGUACCCGAAAUGUCCAAAAUAGGAACAUCUGUGAUCCAGCUGACGGCUACAGAUGCCGACGACCCAACGUACGGCAACAGUGCUCGGGUGGUCUACAGCAUCCUGGAGGGCCAACCUUAUUUCUCAGUGGACGCCAAGACUGGCGUAGUCCGUGUGUCCCUUGCAGACAUGGACCGGGAGACCAGAGAAAACUACACCGUGGUCAUCCAGGCCAAGGACAUGGGCGGCCAACUGGGGGGUCUCGCUGGUACCACCACUGUCAACAUCACACUCAGUGACAUCAAUGAUAACCCACCCAUGUUUGACCAGAGGCUGUAUCAGAUGAGCGUCCCAGAGUCUGCUCCCGUGGGCUCGGUGGUGGGUCGUAUCUGGGCGAAGGACAGAGACAUCGGGGUCAACGCUGAGAUGAAGUACAGCAUCAUCGAUGGAGAUGGAAGGGACACCUUUGACAUCACCACCGACCCCACCAACCUUUUUGGCAUCAUCAUUGUGAAAAAGCCACUGAACUUUGAGGGCAAGCCCAGUUAUACUCUGAAAGUGGAGGGCGCCAACACCCACUUGGACCCUGCCUUACGCCACCGUGGGCCCUUCAAGGAUGUCACCAUCGUGCAUGUGAGCGUGGAGGACGUGGACGAGCCCCCGCUGUUUGACUUGCCAGCGUACUACAUCGAGCUGUCAGAGGAUGCUGAGAUCGGGACGGUGGUGAAGACGGUGUCAGCGAGGGAUCCCGAUGCUGCCAACAACACUGUGAGGUAUUCCAUCGAGAGGUCCAGCGACCCCGAGAAGUUCUUCUACAUCGAAAUCACUUCUGGGUCGCUGAUGACGGUGCGUCCACUGGACCGAGAGGAGAUUGGCUGGCACAACAUAACAGUCCUCGCCAUGGAGAUGAGGGGGGUCCGAACAGUUUCAGGGGAGGCUCAGUGA